GUUAUUUGUGCUGAUUGAUGGAUGGAAGCGGAAGCCAUUCAGUGCGCGGAUGAUGGAUGACAGAGCAGGAGGAUACAAAGAGCUCUGUGCGUAGAGACAUCGCCGCUGAGGGAUGAUGUAGAUGGAGAUACUAAGGAGAGGAGAGAAAAGGAGGGCGGGGUUUUCCCUCCAAGAUGAGGCAAACUAAAAGCAAACUGGCUUCUCAGAGCCGGCGCAUGUACUGUAGAGUCUCUAGACAAACACAUAAGGCUGAACGCAGAGGGAGGGAGGAGAGAGGAGAGGAUGGUGAUGUGGUCUGAAGAGCGGCUCUUCAUCUUAUAUCACCUCCCCUGUCAAGCUGCGGAGCGUUUGAUCCUUUUUCUUUAAUCCACCGCUGCUAUUUGUGUGUGGUUAUUUUUCCACAUUUUUCUUUUUAACCCGUUUGUCACCCUACUACAUCCAUACAUCCCUCACCUCCAUCUGUAGCCAUGUCGGACUCGGAGGAUAUGACGGAGUUCAACAGCAUCGUGGAGCGGAUCGAGCGGGGUGAGGUGAGUCUCAUCCGGAUGAUUUACGCUUCUCCUCUGACAGCAGCGGUCUGUCUGUCACCGCGAGCCCGAGAGCAGCAGCGCCGGGCCGGCCUGCGCGGCUGUCAGGGGACGGAGAGUGGGGCUGACAAACCCGGACCACUAUACAAUUUUCUAUUUAAAUGAUAAUGCAAGCCUUUUCCAUUCAUUUCCAUAGAGCCAAACAAGAUUGCCGCCUGUAUUAUUCUGAUUUCAUGAACCAAUGGUGGUGAUGUGGCUGAUUCUACUCUAUUACAUGAUUUGCUGUAGUAGAGUUGGAUCCACACCUAUUUUACUAUCAUCUAUUGUAGUCUGUUUCAGUGUCCAGUUUGAGGUGUCAGUUCCUGCUUUUCCAAUCAGAUUCAACCAUUUUAAACACUGCUAUUAACAGCCUAUGAUUGGACUUUAUUAAUUCCAACAUUGUGAUGAGCAUUAUUACUGUAAUCUGAUCUUUUAAUUGAAUAGAGCAAAUGAUAAAGCUCUUCAAUUCUGUCACUAAAUAUUCUAUCUAGUCAAUGACCUGACAGUUGAUUAAACAUUGUAGUGAAAGAGACCAUCUUGUUUUUCCUGUGCUAUUCCUUUCUGAUCUAUUUUUAGAAAAUAUGUAAAGCAUUCAUUCCUUUUCUAAUUUAUCCCAACAUUCUUGAUAUGCAAUUAAAUUUUAUUUCAUUAUUAUAUCCUGCAUGUUUUAAUAUGAGGCACUUGCAUGCUACCAUGACUGUCAUAAUGUAAGGAGAUCUGAGGUAUUUCUGUUAACAGCACCUUGAAUAACCUGCACACUGACCCACACAGUCUUCAUUCAUUUCUGUUAUACUCUUCUCCACUCUGUGUCAGGGCUUCCCGGCCUUCGGGCACAGUCCUCUCUGCUAUUCUUAGAGAAAAAAAAAUCAUGAACAUAAAGAGUUUAAUUAGAGGUUUCAGUCGCUGAGAGUGUUGGGAGUUAGUGCUGCAGGCAGCUCACAGACUCCUGUCAAUAUGUGGGACACUUGGCAGCAGCUGUGAGCUGAGACGGGGCACCGGGUUACUGAGGUGUGUGUGUGCACAGAGAGGGGGUUGUUACCCAUUUCACCCAUUUCAGACUGACAGAAUGUGUUGAAACACAUCUCUGCUGCUCACUCAAUCCCUGACAUUUCAUCCAUGCAUGCAUGAGCUGUGUGUGUGUGAGUGCAAGUGUGUGUCCGUUUCAUGUGUCUUAUUGAAAUACUGAGCACACUGCUUGUGUAAAUUACUUAUUAGACAGCUAUGGUGUUGCUGAAUUCACUGAUAUUUAACAUUUUAAUCAAGCCUGUCUUGCAUAGUAAGAUUGUUUCCCUUUCUCUGCAGAGUCUGACUUAUCAAAGAGAAUAAACAACAUCAGCAUGUUGGCUGAAAAAAAUUACAUGUGUUGCUAGUUUCAGAGAGCUUAUUCAGCACAAGUCUAAAGAUAUAUUGUGCCCUGAAAUAUCUUUUUUUUUCUCCCACUUUUAUGCAAAGUCCAGCGUACCUAAACUAAAUAAUGGGAAGCAAUAGGCGAAGGAUCAAUUCAGCCACUAGAAACAAAAUCUGUCAGUGCACCACAUGUACAAGUUAGCAUACAUGUUCACCCCUGUUGUGUUUUCUGUUUCAUUCUGUUGUUUUACCGAUGACAACGAUAAAAAAACAUUGACUUUGAAAGUUAAACAGAAUUCUCUGGAUCCCUUUCAAUGUUUUUUUCCCCUGCAGACAGGUAAUCACAACUUCCCUGGGUGAUGGAUCACAUGGAUCACACAGAAACUUCCGCAUUAAUAAUUCACUUUGGCAAAAGUGGAUGUGCGGCGAGUCUUAUACCUCCCUGAGAUGAAUGCUCUGGAAGUGCCAGGGGCCUAAUGACAUUGUCAGCCGCUGCCAACAAACACUGUUGGAAAAGUGAAUGACUCAACAAUGUCCUUCAUGUGGCUGCAGUGCCUGUGAUGACUGUGCACUUUGUGAUCAAAUUAAGGAUUUUAGCCUAAUUUUGUGCUACUGUACAAAGCUCUCCAUGCUACCUGCAGCUUCUUCUUAACCACCGUGUUAAGCUGUGUCAUGGUGCAUUUUGUUGUUUAACUGCAACAGUGCUGUAUUGACCUGCUAGGGGGCCCUGAUGUACAAUAAAACCAACCAUACAGCUACUGCAGCAAACCAUUAGCAGAUCAUAAAUCCUCUGAAUGAAGAGGAGGGGCCCCGACAUUAGGGAAGACUGUAAAGUUCACAGAAGUUUUAGCAUUUAUAGACCCUCUUAUAAAGAAAAGACACACUGUGAGAGCUGAACACUGUACACUCACCUAAAGUGAGUUUAGAGACUCUGAACUCCUCUGUAACAUAUAAUGCAAAGCAGGAGUGUGUUGAGAGCUUUUUGCUUUAGAUUGUAAGUAACAUUCUUGGAACAGAUAGACUUAACGAUUACCACACCUCUCAGUGGCCCUCAACAACUCAACCACACUGCCAUCCUAUGCACUACUGUCUCUGCGUCAUAAAACACAAACUGCUCACGCCGGGAUUUUUCCGCCUGAAGUGCAAUAAUGGUAUUUCAUGCAGCUAACUCUGCCUUUGGCAGUCACAUUACCCAGCACAAAGACAUUCUCUCGUGAGGUUUUUUGGUGUCUCAUCUUUCACUUUUGAGAGUAUUUUUGUUCCCGUGUACUAAUACUUUAUUAUGUUUUAGAGACAUCUUUGAUGAAUAUUUUUGCUGUUAGCUAAACUAGAGCUACUGUCAACCAUAGUUUGUGGAAUUGGCAGGCCAACACUUGCUCCUAACCCCAAAAAUUAUAAAGUACUCAGAGAAGAAACCCUGUCCUUCCCAAGGUUUCUGCCUGUUAAAAGGAAGUUUUUCCUUGCCGCUGUCACUCAUAUUAGAUGAGAUGGGUCAAAUCUGUCCCAUCUUAAGGUUGGGUCUUGGUAAUUCAUCAGGCAAUGAGCAUGGUCUAGACCUGCUCUUUUUCUUUGGAAAGCAUCUUGGGAUGACGACCGUUGUGAAUUGGCGCUAUAUAAAUAAAAUUUGAACUUGCUGAACUUGGUGAUCCCUUUGCCUUUAUGACCCCAGAAAGUUAGGAUCUGUGCCUCACAAUGAAACAGCAACACAACAACUGGAAGAUACCUAGAAAAAUUUAUGAUACCAAACAAAUAGGUUAUCAUAACUUUAAUGAUCCUCUGACUUUCUCAAGUACCAGCAACUGCAACAAAAAAGAUACACUCUGUAAGACUUCACUUGAUGAGUUGGCAAAAAAUGGUAAAAGACACUAAGAUGUUACCAGACUUCUGCUUUGGUUCUACCAGUAGGUGGUGUAGAUAUUGUGUUUUAAAGAGAUAUUCCAGCGUAAAAUUAAUUUAGGGUCAAACACACCGUAACACCGAGUUAGACAACCCCUCUAGAGAUGAAUGUUGCCGACUGCUUGCUUCUCUAGUUAUACCAACUUUGGUAACAACCGCACGAUAGCAAUACACAGCGGUCUAUGGAUCCACGCACACACCUCAACCAAAACGCCACUCUAUAGCCACAAAUAAUGCUCAGAACAGCACCUUACUUCGUCAACAGUACAUAUAGGGUCCCAGCCACAGCACUAGUCAUCAAACAUCUUUUUAACUUUGCCUAAUUUCUUUAGCAAAGAGACUAAACACAACUCACCAAAUGUUCUUCCUUGAGCCGCUUGUUGGCUGUGGGGUGACGCAGCUCAAGGAAGAACAUUUAUCCCUUUAAUAGCAGCAAGCUAAGAUUUUCUUUUAACUCCUUCUAACCAGUAAAAUAUCAAUCUACUUGAUAGAUCCAGGUACAGUUUUAAAUCUGUGUUUUGUUUACAAUUUUCAGCCACACUUAUCGGCUUGUAUUUAGUCACGCAGUGUUGCUUAUGCUGGGUUUCCCCCUAUCAAAAAUUGUACAAAAAUACUCUGUGAUUACUCUUCUACCUUUCAUGUUAGUAAAUGCCACUCUGUUUUAUAAUUUCUUUUAAACUACUGGUUUUGCUUGCUUGAAAGUAACAUAGAAUCAUAUCUCUUGCAUGUGAUUACGCUACUUCCCCAGCACACCUGAUUCUGAUGUUUGCAUGUGGCGCCAGUCAUGAUAAGCAUGUACAUGCAUCACUCUGUUUUUAAUGGGGAGAUCAUGCAUGCAGACCUGUAAUGUGUAAGCAGCUAAGUAGUGGUUGUAUUGAAGAUUUUUGGAGUUUACUAGGAGCACAUGAAGGCAGCAGCUGUUCCCAUGGAGAUAUUUAUGGUGGCCGAGAACUGCCACUGCUGUAAAUAAAAAAGAAUGCAAAAAAAAAAAAGCCACAACAGAAAUGACUCAGGCGCUACACAGCCCUAACCAAAUGACACAUUGAAAAGCACAGGAAUCGAAAUUAAAUGAUAACCUUUCCACUAACUUCCUUGCUUGUCUUCUCGCCGUUGUCUUCUGUGCCUAGAUCGUCAAACACCGGUGCAUCAUCAUUAUUGGUCCCCGGCAGCUCAAUUCCAUUGUGAAUUUUUUCAUUUGCAUCCUUUUAUAUAAUACGACAGAAUAUUAGGGCCACAUCAAAGGAUAAAAACUGAAGACUUUGUAAUUACUUACUAGAAUAAAGUUGUAAUAAAAGUAAUUACUUAUGAGAAUAAAGCCAGGACCCUAUAUGUACUGUUGAUGAAGUAAGGUGCUGUUCUGAGAAUUAUUUGUGGUUAUAGAGUGGUGUUUUGGUUGGAGACGUAGACCGCUGUGUAUUGCUAUUGUGCGGUUGUAACUGAAGUUGGUAUAACCAGAGAAGCAAACGGUCGGCAACAUUCAUCUCUAGAGGGGGAGUCUAACUUGGUGUUACAGCGUGUUUGACCCUAAAUUAUUAAAUAAAUAAAAAAGGAAGAAAGAAACCAGAGCCCGCUGCAAAUUAAAAAAGAAAUGGCGCAUAUGACUAAAGAAAAAGCCACAAUGGAAGUUAACGAUGCAUCAGUUUUUUUUGUUUUUGUUUUGUUUUUUUGGCAUUCUUUUUUUAUUUGCAGCAGUGGCGUUUCUCGGCCACCGUAGAAUUAACCCUCUCUCUCUCUCUAGCUCUCUCUCUCUCUCCCCGCCCCUGCCUGUCUGUCUGCCUGUGUGCAGUCCCUGCAGCAGCAGUGAAUUGGCUGCUGAUUCACCACAGCGCUGCCCUCUCCCAGCAGCGUCACUCUAUUUAAAUUCUCUCAGCCGUCGCUGUCGGCAUCUUCUCUGCUCGCGCCUGAGAAGUUAUUUGUGUUUAGCACGAGCUACGCGUACGCAGAAAACGCCGGGCAAGGUGUUUUAUUUAGACUCAAACCCGCACGUACAGGCUGUUACACUCCUUCAUCAUGAAUAUGGAGAAGCGACGUAGCAGCACGGCAGGGGUAAGUUUGGGGAAGUUUUAUGAAGCCGGUUGGAUGAUACUAACGCUUUCCGAGUCGUCAUUGUUUAACAGCCUGUAGCUCCUCUGCUGUGCAUGUAAAGAGACCAGCAGACACCGUGAGAAGUUCGCCAUGAGUCACCCAACAACAGCUGAUCAUUUAUUGCGAAAUUUGACUUAAAAUUCUCAAUGAAACUGAUCGUUUUUGGAGCUUUGUUUGCCUUUUUCCUCUUUAAACUUCCUCUAUCCCUCAGGGCAUUGUCUUUUUACACGCGUGGAGGCGUUUUCUCACUCUUUAGUCAAUGUUUGUUAAAGCAGCCUUUAAACAGUGCUGUAACCCACCAGCUGAUAGAAAUGAACUAAUCAGUCCUUAAAUCAUUUGGAGACAAUUUUAGAUAUGGACCUUGCUCGUGUUUAAUGUUCAAACGUGAGCUGCUGGAUCGGUUUAUUUUACUACUGUUUGUCUAUAUUUAGACAGAGUUAAUCCUUUCUUAUGUAAUACGUUAGAAACAGGGGAAAGACCCCAUUGCUGCCUGUUACUGUGACUGUAUCAGUGUUUUUCAAAGUAAAGUUGGCGUUUUGCACGCAUAGAAUAAGGCUGCCUUUUAUACUUGCAUCCCUGUUUCUGCAUAUACAGUCAAGGCAGAUGGCUGUCUACCUGGCAAUCUGGUUGUGCUUGAGGUGUCUGCCUGUUUGCAAGGGUUUCUCCUCCACUGUUAUAAACUGCUUGGUCAUGGUGGAUUGAUAUUUUGUCAAUUUAAAUAAUACUUGAAAGAGUAUGCUACUGAUUCUACCUACCUAGCAAUCUGGUUGUGCUUGAGGGGUCUGCUAGGUAGGUAGUAUCAGUAGCAUACUCUUUCAAGUAUUAUAUAAAGUGACAAAAUAUCAAUCUGCCAUGACACUACCGACCUAGCAAUCUGGUUGUGCUUGAGGUGUCUGCCUGUUUGUGAAGGUUUCUCCUCCACUGUUAUAAACUGCUUGGUCAUGGUGGAUUGAUAUCUUGUCACUUUUAAUAAUGCUUGAAAGAGUGAGCUACUGAUACUACCUACCUAGCAAUCUGGUUGUGCCUGAGGUGUCUGCCUAUUUGUGAAGGUUUCUCCUCCACUGUUAUAAACUGCUUGGUCAUGGUGGAUUGAUAUUUUGUCACUUUAAAUCAUACUUGAAAGAGUAUGCUACUGUGGAGACCUGCUCUAUAGGAAAAGUGUCAACAGUGUCCCUCUUGUUUUGUGCAGUAUAAAUGAAAAAUGUGCGAUUAAUACUGGCUGUACUUCACCACAUAUACAGAAUCUCCAUCCUUUAGGGAAGAGCAAAAUGAUGUUUUUGCAGCUCAAAAGUGCAGACAAUAGACUUACUUCAGCUGCAUAUUAAAUGUCCUAUUAAUAGGUUUUUGUUUCAGAAAUCAAAGACGCCUGUAUCCUCUAAACUCUGAAGUUGCCAUGCUUAUUUCCGACUCAUCUGUGACGCUAUUUCUGUCAUUGUGCUCACUUCACCCUCUUUCUUUUGUUCUUCGCUGUGUGAGUUAAAAGCAGACUGCAGAUGUGGCAGUGCUGAAUGAAGAUGAAAAAGCACAGGAUGUAGUUGAAUAAAUGUACGUCCAUUGUUAUGCUUCCACCACCAGGUCCCGAUCAAGAACAUUGAGAGGGAGCUGAUCUGCCCCAUCUGUAAGGAGCUCUUCACCCACCCACUGAUCCUGCCCUGUCAACACAGCGUCUGCCACAAGUGUGUCAGGGAGCUGCUCAUGCUAAACCAUGAGGACUCUUUCGAUGCCGGUUCUGAGUGCUCCCUGCCCGGCAGCCCCAGGUCCAGGGUGCCCUCUCCUUCCAUGGAGAGGCUAGACAGGCUUGUAAGAUCAGGUGAGUCCUUGGGUAAGGGAGGAGAAGAGCUCAGCUUUAAAAAAAUUGUUCACAGAAAUCAUGUACAGAUGAGUGCAGGAAGGCGGAUCUUUCAUUUCCCCAAUGUUAAAAGCUUUCCACAACAGUGCGUUUGAAGCAUUAGUCAGGGCAGUGUCGGUUCUUUUGUUGGUCAGCAUGAUUCAGUGAUUUGUUAUGUGAGAAGAUAAUGCUCAAGAAAUCAAUGCGCAAAAAAGUAUCAAAUGCAUCUGAGGCUGUUUGUGUUUCCCAGGAAGAUAAAGUGACUACAGUAUAUCUGAAAUGAUGCCUCCCUGCUGCAUUGUCAUUCUUGCAGUUGCUUUAAUUUCCCUCUCAGUUCUUCUGUCAUCAUUCUGUUAGCAUUCAACAAGCUUCUGUGGCUUCAGUCUGGGAUUCACAACAAAGAAAAGGAUAUGAAGGUUUUUUAUGUGGCUACAGAAAGAAACUAUUCAAUAACCUAAAAGGUUGUGCUAUUGUGAAGAUCAUUUCCCGGACUAAUAACUAAACCUUUAGCUAACUCAAAUUAAAAAGCCAAUAGAAACUAUGGGGGGGGGGCGGCGGCCAAGCAUUGUUAUACUAUGUCUGGGUUUAAUGUGGCGCAGACACCACCCUCCUCCUUCUCAUGUCCUAGAUUAACACCAAACAAACAUGAAAAUGAUUUAAUAAUUUUACUGCUCAGCCAUUACAUUGUCAGUCAUCACAUUUCCUCUAAUCCUGUCUGCUUUUACAGGCCUCUUUAAACAGUCAGCAAAGGAACUUGACAAGCUGUAUUUUUUUUGUCCACUGAGAGAAAAGAAACGUUGACAAGCUCUUUCAAGCCCUAAUUGUCUUCACUGUCUGCCUCCUAGAGCCCAGGGGCGUCAGACAACCUCUUCAAUCAUCCGAGGGCCUGUGUUUUCAUUGGGAAAUGUUUCAGGAACUGAAAAGAGAGUAGCUGUAAUUUCCCUUCUAUCUUUAAUCAGAUAAACAGUACAGCUGUGUGUUAUGUACACGAGUGAACAAAUCUGUAAAUUUUUUUUAAGGCAUUUUUAAACUCCAAAACUGAGCUGAGCCAGAGGAAGGGUGAAUUUGCUGGAGGAGGGGAUGUAGUUGCAGGCAGCUAAGUAAACUUGUCACAACAUUUAUUCUUUUCUAACCACAUGGCAUGGCUGCAGCCAAGCUUGAGCAGGUCAAUGUCUAAGCCAUGAAACAGCACGGUGGGACACAAGGCUGCCUUUCUGCCCUCUCGAGAGCUCUGGGCUGCUGGCCAUUUCCAGAAACAAGACUGUCUCAUUUGCACAUGGGCUUCACUAUCGGCUCUUAUCCAUAAAAAACAAAAUCCUCUGCUUUUUACACCACUCUGAUUUUAAGACUGAUGGUAAAACUACCUGGAAACCAAAAGAGCUGCAAACAAAAUACUUGAGAAAAACAAACGGCUUAUGUUUCAAUGCAAAAGAAUCAAUGUAAGUAUUGACUGCAAAGUAUUGAUAGUAUUGAAUAUUGAAAGCCAAUCGUUUUGACAUUUUAAGCCCAACUUCCAAACCCAUCCAAAACACUUAAACUAAGACUCCGAGUAAAUUGGAAGAGGGAUAAAAUUAAAAGUACCCAAUAUAGCCAGUAUGCAAAUCCAAAACACUUGACAUUUGAGCAUGUGUUAACAGGGAUUAAUAAACAAAGGACAGUGGAGAAACUGCUCACAGCUGACGGAUAAAGGAAUUGUUAGUGGUUAAACAGCUCUACAGAGAGCAAAACACAACUUGCAGUUGUGUAAUUAGCUGUUGUUAUCAAGCAAAAGUAUUAUUUGUUGACAUCUUGAGUACGAACUAAAUGUUGUUCAAAGACCGUCCAUUGGUAAUCUUUGGUUAAGUUUUGGGACACACUAAUGGAUACUUUGUGUAUACCCACUGGCAUGAAUGACAAGGCUGAGAGACGUUUGUGUUACCUGUUAUCCAUUCAACUAAGACGCCAGUGGGGCCCUGAUCAACACUGAGAACCGAAAGUGAGAGACGCUAUUAAGAUCCCCAGAGUACAGUGAGGUUGGGAGCUAUUCAUCCAUUCAUGGUUCAAAACCACUGAGACUGGGCGCUCAAACACUGCGUCCCUCAUUCAGAGUCCCCCCUCCCACCCAGUCAACCUGAAUGAGUUCAUUCUUCACUUGCAGGACUGCAUCUGUUUAUGCAGGAAAUAAUCAAAUCCUGCCCCUAAAUAAGAAAAUCUGAUGCUGUGCAAGUCAAAUUCUGCACAAGGACAUCUGUGUCACUUCUUCAUUCUGACGGAUUCUUGCUUGAUUCAUAUUUUCUAAGAGUGAUUCAGCUUUUAAUUUUCUGCUAUUUCUGACAGCCCUCAGUAAGACGUGGAUCUUGUAAACCAUAAACUUUUCACAUGUUCAGCUCUAAUGACAUUCCAGUGAGGAUUAUUAAACAAAGCUGUUACCCAGUUAAGUGCAUAUAACCAUCAAAUUAAGAAAACAUACAGUUUCACUUUCUGGUGAUUAUUAACAAACCUUUGAGGUAUAUUAUGAGCAUAUGAACUCUCUUACCGAACAACAGGAUAAUACUGGGCCCAAUGCUGGGAGAUCAGAUCAUUGGUAGCCAUGGUGACGCAACCUGCCUGUAAGGAAUGAAUGAGGGAUUAGUUAAAGAGAGAGAAAGAAAAGACUUAAGGCUAUAUUUAUCAGUGUGCAGCCUGGACAAGCCUUUCUGUGCUUGGACAGAGGGAGGCGGAUACUAGAACUUCACCAGCAUUGUCUCUCAACCUCAUCUUUUAGUCACUGGGGCCCCAAAGGAGGAUUGUGCACUUCUGUUUGACAGCUAACUCUUGAAAAAAGCACUUUCAAGUGAUUGUGAUUACUCUUAAAGUAGAAUUUUCACAUUUAUUGUCAGUCUUUAUGCCUGUACUUGAACAGAAUUAAUGCUGCUUUCAUAUCUGUAUACUAAAUAUGAAGCUCUUAGCUAAUGCUAGCUGUCUAGCUGGUUUGAGAAUAUAUUUCUUUUAACAGUUUUUUUCCCAGCGCUUUAAGACGAUUUGUUUUAGUUUUGAAAUGUAAUUGUUCAUUAGUCAUACAGUUUGGGAAUGUUUCUAUAAUUGGACAGAGACAAGUUAGCAGUUUCUUUGAUUAAACGAACUGUCUCUGGGGUCUAGCUUCAUGUUUGGUGUACAGUUUUUUUCUUUUUUUGAUGAGUUACAUCUUUAAUGCAAUUUCCCAAAAGCUACAGCCUGAACCUGAAAAGUUGUGUGAAUUUUUGCCCACUUAGCUUGUUGAUCAUUUGUGUUGUCAAAGGGAUAUUCCGGCGUAAUAUUAACUUAGGGUCAAACACACCGUAGCACCGAGUUAGACACCCUCUCGAAUGAUGAAUGUUGGCGACCGCUUGCUUCUCUAGUUAUACCGACUAAAGUAACGACCACAGGAGAGCAAUUUCUUCAUGGAAAUGCAAUCAGACAGAGACGCUAAGACAGAAGAACUACCGCGUCUGCAGUGCAUAAUGUUUAAUAUGGUGAUUAUUACUUCAAGAAAAUGAUAAAGAAAUGAUCAUAAAUGUUCUUCCUUGAGCUGCGGCACCCCGCAGCAGUCCGUAAUGGACUGGCCCGGAGAUACAAACAAGCGGCUGCUGGAAGAGAGUAGGUGAGUUGUGUUUAGUCUCUUUGCUAAAGAAAUCAGACAAAGUUAAAAAGAUGUUUGAUGGCUAGUGCUGUGGCUGGGACCCUAUAUGUACUGUUGAUGAAGUUAGGUGCUGUUCUGAGCAUUAUUUGUGGCUAUAGAGUGGCGUUUUGGUAGAGGUGUGUGUGUAUUGCUCCUCAGACCGCUCUGUAUUGCUAUUGUACAAUUGUUACUAAAGUUUGUAUAACUAGAGAAGCAAGCGGUCGGCAACAUUCAUCUCUCAAGGGGUUGUCUAACUUGGUGUUACGGAGUGUUUGACCCUAAAUUAAUUUUAGACCAGAAUAUCCCUUUUAAUAAGUGCAUAUCAAAAGUUAAUUGUUCUUAAACUGUUGAUCUCCUGUUUGUAUAUUUUGAGACUUUUUUUUUUGUAUUUCACUUUGAACUGCAUAACCAUUUUUUACUUUGAACAAGUUUUUCUUCACAUUAUUUUAUGUUUGCUUCUUGUCUUGAAAAAUCAUGUUGUUUUCCUUUUUUAAAAAAAAAACAAUAACGUCACCUCACGUUAUGCAUUGUUUCAUUGCCUGUUGGUCUCACCUCACUUCUCUGUUCAUUGCUUGCAGCCUCAGUGCGAAGGUCAUUCGGGAGUCGAGGUAGACGCGGGCUCCGUGUUUUGAGUAGCUGUAGUAGUGAGUACAGUGUUACUAGAACCCCAUAAAACCCUAGUUUGGUUCUGCCUUCUCUCUACUUAAUCUACUUCAGCCCUGUCAACACAACCAUACAGACUCACAACACUUGUUCGGUUCAAUACGGAUAUCCCAAAUUGUGUAUCCAGAGUUGUAAAGCCUUUGAUUGUUUUCGUUGGACACCUAUAGAUGCAGUUGAAAUUAGAAGCCACAUGUCUCUCAAAACUGCCCAGUGAUCCUUCAAGUAAUCUAAUGGUUAAAUCCAUAUCACUCAGGUAUUUAAAGAUGGUGUUAAAUGCUCCAGGUUAUGGCUGUCUCAACUUGUAUUUUAUUCCAUCAAUAAGGUGGGAAAAUCAGAGAGAGGCACUGCAAAAAGUGAAAUCCUUUAAGCGAUGAUGAGUUGGCACACAGGAGGCUGAUUAAAAGAGGAGUGGCAUAUAGAAAAUUCGGAGAUGAGAAUCAUUUUAUAGGGAGGUGCAGUCCUUGGUGGGGAAGAAAAAAUGUGCCAAAAGGGAAUUUUUCUCAGCCAAAAUAAAAGUAGUUAGAUAGUUAGAAAGCCAUGAAGAUAAUUUCCAAGAGUUGAGGUAGGACAGGUAUGUCUAUGUUUGUGUAUAAGAGCAAAGCUUUACAUUCAUUUCACAAAACAUGGUGGCAGAUAAAGCCCGUUUAAUGAGCCAGAGAACUGUGAGGCUCUGUUCUUACUAAGGAAAACAAACACACUCACACACACAUAUCGAAAGAAAACAUAAACUAUGUUUGGACUUGCUAAGAUUCUUAACAGGCUUAAAUGACUGAUAUCUGCAUGCCUGCAGGCCGCGCUGAUUAGGCCUAGACAAUCAUUAGUGUUUGAGAAAUGGUUUAUAAGAGCACAGACCUGUUUCAGCCUCACUCUAAUCAUUUUGGGCAGGCUGAAGUGAAGCGUCAGAAAGCCGGCCAAGUUAAACAAAACUGAAUACUGGUUUUGCUGGCAAGUCGGUGCACUAGUUUAACACGUAGAGUUGAUGCUUUAAAAAAUACUUCUCAUGUACUGUUUUUUGAGGGCUUGUUUUCUUCAAGCAAAAGAAAUAUAUAUAUAUAUAUACUAAGUGACAUAGCAACAAACUCUAAUGUGGUGUUCUUGAGAGCAAUAUUAAAAAAAAGCAGUAGACUAUGAGUUAAAACCUUCCCAAAAAGAAACACAAGGUAAUCCGUGUUGGUAUAAGGAGUCCUCAAUUUGAUUCCCUUCACCUUUGUAACCACGUUUAGUGUUGACAAAAGCCUAAACCAAAUGGGCACACCCUUUUAAAAAUCAACAGAAAUAGAAAAAUCCUCCAUGAAUCACUACAUCAAACUCGGUGCUGAAACCUUAUCAGAGCAUGCUGGAAAAAUUGACAGGUUUUUUUUUUUUUUUUAAAUCUGCAAUGACUCGUCAAUUUCUCCCCUCAGACUGCAGCCUCUCUGCAGAUCCACAAAUCAACACACGAACCUUACCAAAGGCUUCUCAUGUUUCCCCAUAAACUGGCUCAUACAUACUGCGCCAAGCAGGAGGCAUGUUCACAUACAUGAAGUACACACACAUGAACUCAGAUGGUUAGCAGAUAGCAGGUGGAGCAGACACCUGCAUCUUUCAUUAGUUCAUAUGAUGGAUUUCACUUUUCAUCCAGUGACUUAACAGUAUUACCUGUGCUAACUUCAUCGCCAUCAUCAGACUCAGUUUUCUUUUUUUAAUCAUAUCAUCAUAACAUGAUGUUAUUAAGUUCGUUUGUCAUGAAAUCAGGUAGGUGGGUAAAUCGAAGUGUGGGCGAACGGAUCUCUUACAGAUUUAGUCUCUCGGGGUUUAGCUGUCCCUGCACUGCCACAUCCCUCAGUUCUGCCCACAUCUUUCUGUCACAUGGCAUGCACACAGCUAGCCGCACAUAACACAUAGUUUCUAUGUUUGCUGUUCCGCUGCUGCUUUUUCCUCAGCUGAACCCUUUCUUUUCAAGUGUUGGUUUCAAAUUGUGUCCCUGUGUGUUAAAGCUUUCCUGAGGAGUGUUUGAUUUAAUUUCCAGGUCCUCGGAAACGAAGCGGAAAAUCUGGCUUUCAAACUGAGAUAAAUCCAGCACUCCUCGCUUCCCCUGUCCCCCAAAAACGUGAAGCAACAAUUUUUUUGUCAUUUCCUUUGCCUUGUGUUGACUUAAGUUCCUUGGCUUUAUUUGAAUGUUUGUACUGUCAGUGUUCGCUUGCAUCUGUGAUGUGUACUUGUGUGCGCACCCGUUGUUACUGUGUUGUUGCUUUGUUACGGUGAUGCCGCAGCAGUAACAAGCAUACUGUUGUGAGAAACUCUUAAAGGUGGUGUAGCUUUAAGAGGAGUAUGUUGUGAUUGCAAAGUGUUGAUGCACUGAACUGGACAUUUGAUCUUUAGAUUUAUAAUUUCAGGACAUUUCUAAUAAGUUAAAACUCAUCGCAUGUUGUCUUAAUGCUCUGGUAUGUUUUUAUUUUCUUGAUCACUCAUUUCAGGACGUAGGAUUAUUUGCUUUUGUCCAGAUCACUGUGAGCACUUAAAUAGCCCCUUCCCUCCCCCCUUGGUAAAUGUUAACUGACUUGCAGUGGAGUUUCUCAUGCAGACAUUGUAUUCUCAACAAACUUCAAGGAUGCCUUCCUCCCCAUGACUAUCCUGCAUCAUCACUCUGAAAUCUGCCCCAGCUGUCUUGUGAAGUCUCUCUUCUUGGACUUAUUUCCUUGUAUGACACCUGCUCAGUUACUGCCUGUUCUGACGUUUACCUCCAUACAUCCAUAUCUAUGGAUUUUUUUGGUCAUGGAGGAAAUAAAGCACAAAGGGAGACACACUGAGGCCCUAUUUGUCACAGUUUGAUAUUUUCAUGCGUGCUAUCAAAGCGUUUUUUGCCUUAGCAUCAUACUUGGCAAGUCAAGCAGAUGAUGUAAUACUGCUUUUGUGAAUCUGAGCCCAGAAUCUGUUCAACACAAAGGGGGGUUCACAUUUUCACAGCCCGUAUUUAACUCUUGGAAACUAUCUCAUCUCAAAAAUUUGUAGUCAAAGGGCAUAGUUGUUCGCAUGUCAAAAUAGGGCCUCAGACAAGACUUGAAGCUGGGUGACCCAAAGGUUUGAGCCUCUAUUAUCCUCAAUUUUUCCUCACUUGUCCUCUUCCUCUCUCCUCCAGGCUCCAUCUCGUCCCCAGGGUGGCGCAGAGGCUCCGUCACUCCCCGGAUCACCACCAUCCCAUGCCCGGGCUGUCAGCACGAUAUUGACCUCGGCGAGCGCGGCAUCAGCAUGCUGUUUCGUAACUUCACCCUCGAGAGCAUUGUCGAGCGCUACCGCCAGGCGGCCCGCGCUGCCAUCGCCAUCAUGUGUAACAUCUGCAAGCCUCCUCAGCAGCAGGAGGCCACAAAGAGCUGUAUGGACUGUAAAGCUAGCUACUGCAAUGAGUGCUUUAAGCUUCACCACCCAUGGGGGACACCAAAAGCUCAGCAUGAGUAUGUCGGCCCCACUACCAAUUUUAGGCCAAAGGUAACUAUGACUUCACAGAGGAUAAGGCCUUAUUAUCUUCAUGUCUCUGUUUAUCCGUUUGUUUCUUGAUCACAUCCAAACUUUCAGUUGGACUGUGACCUUCAAACGACACGCUGUCACAUGAGUCAAAAGUCAUCAGCGUGAGUGGAUCAGUUUUAAACAUCUAAUGUGUGAUAAGGAGUUGAACACAGAAGCUGAAUCCAUGCAGGCUGGAAGUUUGUGCUUUUCUUUAACAACAACAUCUGGUUAAAGAAAUUCUCAAUGGGUUAAAUUAUAAAACUGAAAUAUUCAUGCAAAUUUCCCUGUUUGACAGUCUUAAUUAUAAGGUUUUAUCUAAUUGAUAUAAAUCCUUGCCUAAUUCAGUUAUGUAUCAAACAGAACAACACUGACAAAUGAAGUCUUUUAACCUUCUAGAAAGUGAGAAUAUAUUUUUCUGUGCUAUCCAAUCCCUGGACUAAUGUUGCUAGAAACGACCCGAUGAGGAACCUGGUGCUAUAAAAAGUGCUGAUCUUAAAUUCUGCUUCAAGACAUUUCAGGAAGUUGCUCACAGAACCGUCUCGAUGCGUGUAAAGUUUGGGCCGUCUUCCUGUUUCUUUUUCAGUCUGCGCUGAUAUUGUGCCAAGUUGAAGUACUGUUAAGCAAUGUUUCUGUAUUUUGUCUCAGAGAAAACUCGAUAUUAUUUUGUCGAAUGUUUCAGGUACUCAUGUGUCCAGAGCACGAGAUGGAAAAAGUGAACAUGUACUGCGAGGUCUGCAGGCGACCCGUGUGUCACUUGUGCAAGCUGGGAGGAUCCCACGCCAACCACAAAGUCACGUCCAUGAGCAGUGCCUACAAGAUCUUGAAGGUACUGCAUUCAGACACUUUGACCAUUUGGGGAAUGAUAGCUCUGGUGUUUGUGGAGGGGUCUGUGAUGUCGAAUCAGUAACCAAUGAUAUUGAAGGUAUUGAACAAACUACUCUGAUGGCCUGAAAGAGUGAAAUUGGGGAAAAAACGAAUAGUCAAAACACUGGAGUAGUGGUACUUUUAUUAUGGGAUGUUUUAUUAUAAUCGUAAUCAAGCUAUUUACAGGACAUUUUCUUCAUUUGAUAUAGACACUAGGGAUCUCAAAGGGUCAGGGUCCCAGAGGGUCCCAAGUGUUGUAUUUUUCACCAUAAUUCCCUUUAUGUGUUAUGUGUAGCACCUGACUAUGUCCCUGAUGGGUUAUCUUCACUGACAGGUAUAAAUCAUAAACAAGAAACUAGUUUUUAUUUUCGUAUGAGAAUCAGUUUGUGAAUGUUUGAUUAAAGCUUUUGGUCUGUGUCAAUUUUGGCGCCCCCUGUGGACAAAGAAGUCUUUGUUUUUUUUUGCUCUGUAAAUGCUAAAGUGGUUUUUUGACGAAAAAAAAUCUGACUUUUCACACCAAAUGUGUAGAUUAUUGUGAAUAUUUAGAAUGAUAAACCAAAAGAAAGGCUCUUUCUUGAGCUGCUUGGCUGACAGCUACCCUCUUGCACCUUCUUCAAGCGUUAAAAAAUUACUAUUAAAAACUGUUCAGCUUGUCUCUGAUGAUCUUGUUUGCUUUUGUAUAUCAUAAGAAGGCGUUGAUAUGAAUUUCAAUCUGUUUUAUAAAUGUCAAAAAAACUACACACAGGAGCUUUAAUAGGUGAAUAGAUUUUUUUUAACGGUUCUGCUCAGCAGUAAGGAUUUAUAGGUCUUUUUUGAAGAUUGUAAUACUCACUUGGAUUACAGUCGAGUCUUAGAUAAACUGUCCAACAAAAAAUCUUAAGAGCAGAGUUGUAUCGUACCUCCUCCUGAUUGGUCCCCAAACGUCCCAUCCCUCCUGCUUCAUUAUUGAUGACCGCUCUACCUGUGCUAGCUGCUUCAGACGGUAGAUAUCAAUCUCUUUUGUUUGGAAACUUUAAACCCAGGCUGACUGGUAAGGUUAAAACUAAGUCGCCUCGCUUGAAGUCAUCAGAUUUGUUUCCAUGGAGUAGAUAACCUUCACUGAGUUUGAUUGUUAGGUUUCUCUUAAGUGGAGAAAUAUCAGCACAUCUGUGUAGGACUGUUUGGUUACCAUGAGAGCGACACACAAGCACAUCAGAUGUUCAAUAAAGAUUCAAUAAAAAACAAAGAACAGUAGUUUGAUCUUGUUAGAAUAGCACAGUAAAUCGUAGAUGAGAGACAAAGUGGUUUUUAGCAAGUCAUGGUAGAAUCUGAGAAAUUCAAUCUGCUACUUGGUGUUGACAGGAAGACUGUUGUGCUUUUAAUAUUUAAUGAUACCAUUUGCUACACAGGAUUUGCUGUUUAUUGUUUAUUGUUGGAGGACGUAUCAGAUUUCCUGAUCAGUCCCAGAACCCUCCAUCAGCUAGGAAGUGGAUAAGGUUUCAGCUGCUUUUAAUGGAAAUGCUUUGUCAUACCAGUGUAGUACUAAAAAGGCUGUUGUUUUGAUAUAUUGCACCCACUCACUGACUAAAAGGUCAGUGACAUUCAACUUCAAAGGUUAAUAUAAAACAACCCAGACAAGGAAAACUUAAAAGACAAAAAGCUGAACAGUAAAAAAGUCCAACCAGCAAACAAGUAAUCCAACAUGAGACCUGCAGAACAGAUCCCAGGGAGCACAGAUGAACAAACAUCUUUUGCAAUGAGUAUCGAAACAGAUGAAGAUGCAUCUUGAGUUUUGGUGGAAUUUAUUGAUGCAUUACUUAAAGUGAAGUAAACCUGAGUGUCAACACUGUAUCCAGGUCUUGAGAAUUAAUGCAACAUUUCUCCGAGUAGAAAACGACAAAACCUCAAGGAGAGAGUUGUUUUAAAAUUAGCUGUUAAACUAGUUGUGUUAUCCUUCAUCACUAGGCUCGUAUGAAAGUAUGACAGUUUCUGUAACUGCUGCUGUUUUUUUCUCUCUCUCAUCAGGAGAAGCUGGCCAAGAGUAUCCAUUACCUCAUCAGCAAAGAGGACCAGGUCAGGACUCAGAUUACUGAUCUUGAUCUACUCAUCAAUCAGACUGAGGUGAGAGACAGAGCUGACUCAACCUGCAGUGACUCCGCAGUCCUUGUUUACUCUUGCCCUGCUUUUUGUUCAGCUUGAUCUUCAGACUUUUCAUUUUGAAUUUCAAAACCAUAAAUUUUGAUUUUUUUUUUUUAUUUCAGUGUGUUUUUUUUUUCUAUUUAUUUUUUAUUUAACCAGGAUCUCUUUUUCAAGCAGCAGUGAACAUUAAAACCAAAAGAUCAAGUAUUGCUUCUUAAAAAAAAAAAAAAAACAGCUGACAGGCAACAAAUCUAUUUUCUCUUAUCAAAUUUUGUCACUUCGAGACAUUAGUUUAAAUGUUUUACUUAUUCUGUUGAAAAAAUCUUUUUUCAUUUGAUUUCUCAGAUUUUUAGAUUCCUAUACUAUAUUAAAUCAUAUCUCUUUGUCUCGAAAUGAUAAUGAUAUGCCAGAGAGUGCAAAAUACCUGAAUAUACUGUGUAUUUAAUUCAAAAGACAAAUAGCAAUACAGCUUUCGCAGAACCAGUCGGAGGAGAUCAGACACAAUCCUACUUUGUGUGCGAAUAAGGAAGGUCCCUAAACAAACAGUAUGCAAACCACACAAACAAGGAAACACAGGAUUUGCCUCCUGCAUACGUCUGCAUUUCAGCCUCUCAGUUUGUUCCUCUUUUACUAUGACGCUGAUCCGCCUACACUUUUGAUGUUCUGUAAUAGAGCAAAUGAGAGGGACUUGUUUGUUGGGGUUCGGUCUCUUUAUAAGGGUCUUCAGGGUCUAUUUAUCUUUUCCCCUUUACUCUGAUGUUGUGUCAUGUGAGCAAUUAAACUUCUUGAAGUAAUAUUCAAACAAAUGACUUCCUACAACUGCUGAUAAACUGAAUAUGCUCUGUGGCUGAUUUGACUUCAUUUGAAUAAAAAUUACGAUAAAAACAUGUUUUUUUCACAGGAAAAUGGGCAGCUAGCAGAGCAACGGGCCAAUGAACACUUUGAGCGUCUGUUUGAGACUCUGCAGGAGAGGAAGUCAGAGAUGUUGAGAUCCAUCGAACAGUCCAAAACCCGACGCCUUGAACAGCUUAGGGGCCAGGUAUGAUGGUUCUCACUGGAUGAAUACUUCUUGAGUAGUCAUCUUGACAUGUCUGAUUUAAAGCAACUAUUUUCAAUGAAUUUCAUUUGAAAAUACUAAAAAAGUUAUACAUUUUGAAAAUGAUGUCCUAGGUGGAGGAGUACCAGGGCAUGCUGGAGAACAGCGGUCUGGUGGGUUAUGCUCAGGAGGUGCUGAAAGAGACGGAUCAGUCCUGUUUUGUACAGACAGCAAAGCAACUACACACCAGGUACAGUUAGGAGACUUUUAACAUAUUUGUGCUGACUCACAUAUUAUUCCAGAUGAUAUCUGUAACAAGUAUGUGCCAAUAUGAAGCUGACUUACAAUGAAGCCCAUCAUUUAAAGGAUUUUGUUUAUUUUACGCACACAAAUUAUUAUUAUAGUUGCAUUUGUCUCUGAAAUGCUGCAUUUGACAAUCCUUUGACGGCCUCAUAAGUGAUAAGACUUUUACAUUUAAGUGAUUUCUGUGUAUCUGUUUUUGUUUUUCAUCACUAUUUGAAGCAUUGCAAGGUUUAGAUGACAAGAACAUUUAUGGAGUAACAUUUUUUCGAAAUUAUGAUUACAGUUAAGGUCAUUUGUUCAUGAUAUGAGAACUUUGCCAUUGUGGACUGACCACAUUUCAUCCAGAGUCCAAAUAAGAGGUCCAUUCUGAUAAAAUUAUACAAGAAUUGAACUCGAACUGUUGUUCAUCCAGUCAUGACUAAUUUUAUCUGAUACAGGAAUAUACCUAAAGUUUGAAUUGGAGUUUCAAAGCAAAUUAAGAUGUAAGACAUAAUUUCAAGAUGAUUAACUCAAUCACAUUAAGAGUCUUAAUCUCAAGUUUCAAAGCUGGUUAACUUUGGUAAUCAUUCUUAAUAUGCAUUAAGAUUGAUGAUCAAUUUCUGAAUGUCUAAUAAAUUGAAAAGUCUAACACUGAUCAAAACCCCACAAUAUGCAGACAUGUUUGUGUAACUGUUCUAAUGACAUUCAUAUGUCAAGUUAGAGCAGUCAUAACAGACCAGUGAAUGGAUUUAGUUUAUUGUAAGGUAAAUAAUUGCUGACUAAGCGAAUACUUGUUAGAUUCAGCCUCUGGGCUCUGGGGAAAUAUGAGCAGCUUUUUGUUACUUUUUUAUAUUCUAGAUUACAUAACUCUUCAAAAAAACUACGGGCAAAAUAAUCAGUAAUGAAAAUAAUCUUCGGUAGCUGCCUAAGCUUAAGUUCAUGUGAUAGGGUUUAGAGAUUUCCCAACCCAAACAAAACUAAAGCGAAGGGUAUCGCUGAGUUUACUAAAUCCCUACUCUUAUGUGGGGAUUUGAACCCGCAAUAAUUUAUUGGAAUGGCUUCAAUGGCUUAAGCUUUUCUCUGAUGUUAAACUUACCAUCAGAUGAUUUAAAUGAAAACUUUUUCUAAAUAAGGAAAGUAAUGAACAAGGAGUUAUUAUUUCCAAAUUCAAAUCUAAAAGUUUGAUCAUAAACGUCCUCCAAGAUUAAUGAUAAUGCAUCUGGAUUAUGCUCAUAAAUAUACUGGUGCAUCUUAGCAAAUUAGAAGAUCAUAAAAAUGUAUUCAUAUUCCAUCAGUUACUUAAGUACAUAGACAUAUUUUUCAAAAGUUGAACAGUUUUAGUUUAUUUUUAUUUCAAAUUCCUUUUUGAAUCGUAGCUGAAAUACUAUGUUUCUUUCAUGUUUCAUGAUUAAAGAGAAAAUAAAAAGUUUAAUUCAAAUUUUGAAAAGUGAAAGAAAAUAAAGUUUUCAUUAAAAUGCUCCUAUAUAACUAGAAGCCGAUAAUUCAGAGUUAUAAUUUAUUGAUUCUCUCCUGUUUUUUAGUGGAUGGCGUAAGUGGGAUUUGUCCUGUUUUGUAUCCGUGUUGUGAGCAUCAAUCUGAUUAUGUGUUUGGGUAACUGGAGUGUGUCAGGAACACACAAAGCCACGUGCAGAGUUUACUAAUCUCGAGAGCGAUUAAGUAAAGUGUUCAGUAAAAGCUGCAGAGCGUCUUGAAGUGUCUUCUGCGCUGAGCCUUUAAUUGAUCUUCAUUAAAAGCUUUGGGUAAUCACUAAACCUUUUCACUCUUAGGAGCAUGAUACUGUGGCCAACGGGCUUCUUCAGCUGACGAGACCCCGUUUUUUUCUUUACUCUGACACUAUACUCUAACUAAUGAAAACAAAUACCCCAGGGUUUAUAAGUAGGCUAAAUGGUAUAUUUAGAGUUAUACUUGUUAUCAGUCAGAGGAAAAGUCUGUUAUACAGUUCUAUAACAGGUGAACUUAAGUUGAUGUAUUAGUCCUCUUUCGAUGAAGAUGUAAUCAUUUUAAAUCUGUCUGGUAUGUUUACAGGAUCCAGAAAGCCACAGAGUCUCUGCGGACUUUCCACCCUUCAGCUGACCCCUGCUUUGAUGAGUUUGUGCUCGACACCUCCAGAGAGGAAACUCUGCUCAAAGAGAUGUGCUUUGGUGGAGGUACAACUCAUUUCAUUCAACCAUUUUCCCACAUACAAUCAUUACACGGUAGUUUUAAACAAAACAAACAGAUUAUAACCAAUUUUUCUGAUGUGAAUGAAAGUUACUUCCCAAUAUGAAUCACAAAACAUUUAUGUUUUGGUCAACCCUUUUUAGGACCCCUGUUAAAAGGUAUUCUUUGUUACUAUACAGUUUGCAUUUCGCUUUCCUUCACAUUGUAGCUGCUGCACAAAUGCACUGCUCCUCUGAUUCAUGACACAACCUGGAUAAACUGCAUGAGCACAAAUGUUAGGAAUUCACCCACCCGGACUUUACGCAGACUUUCCCUGGCAGCCCCCUUGUACAAAGUCUGCAUAAAGUCAGGGUAAGCUAGUGCGAGAAUGCAGCAGAUAAUCACUCGGAACAUUCACCAGGAGUGAGUUAGAGGUUUAUGGCAUUUUUCACAUUGAGUUUUGAGUUUCUCUUCCAAUGCCUACAUCACGUGCUUGAAUAUUGUUUUUCACUGUACACAGUUUAUCACUGCUUUUUAGAAGUAGCUAUUAUGUAAAAAAGAAGAUAAAAUACAGCUUAUCGUGGUCAGAACUGUUUGUCAAAACCUGUUUGUCACAUGAAGAACCCUGUGAGCAUUGCUGUGCUAAGAGGUCAAAGGUCCCCUUGUGAAAACCUAAAUUAGAUAAACAAUCCUAGAAACACCCUCAGUGGAUUUGGCUGCUCUGUGAAACUUGUUUCAUGGUCUGUUGGAUAACAAAGACUUUUGGGGAAUAACUGCCUCGUGCGAUCAGAAAUGUCUUCAUGAUUAAUAUUCAGUGUAAUUUAUUCUCUCUUAGAGCAGAAUGUCCUCACAAUUCAUUCUGUUUUGGAUAAAAUGUUGUGAAACACAGAAAGAGAGGCAGAAUAUACAAACCAUAACACCCAGAUUAUAUUCCAGCAAAGAGAAAAUGUAAAAGUUAUUUUAACUUUGAAACCGCAUGUCUAGAAAGAAAAUAGUCAAUGGAGCAGACAGACUUUUGUUCAGAGAAUGCUGUCUGACCUUACAGCAAAUGAUCAAUAAAUGUUUCGACAAGAAGCUCAAAAGUUAACAGAUAAAGGAGUAGGGUGUAAAAAUGUCAACUAUCAAUAUGAAAAUAAUGACCUCUAGGGUCAGAGGUUGAGUCAGUGCCUGAUAGGGUGACAUACUUGAAUAUAAAACAUGAAGCAGCUGCAAGACUUGGUGAGAACUUUGUUAGCCAUCAUCAGAUGAGCUGUUGUUUUAAAAAGGGUAAAAUUACACCCGUAAACUAAAGCCUAAGAAGUCUGCCUGUUACGCUACUAUUAAGUGCAGUUGAACUGAAUGUUAUUGCAUUAAGUCGAGCUGAGCGUGGUGAUUACUGCGGUUUCACCUCGCUCGUAUUCCUGCUGCGACUGCAUGAUGAUAGGGACUUGAUGAGACAGGCUGAAUAUGCCAAAGUGAUCAUUCAGGAUGUUUGGCUGUGGUUUGUUUAAAAAUGCUGCUGGUGUGGCUCCAGUCUAACCUGUCAACAUGAUGUGCGUCAGUGAGUGGAUAACACAGAUAGUGACAUUUAGUUGUGGCUGUUCUUUUAGCUGUGACAAGCAUGAGAAAGAUGAAUCAUAUCUAAGGCCUGGGGGCAUCCUGGAAAAAGUGCAAAAUAUAAAUCAUCAAUAAGAUUACAAAGCAAACGGUUUGGUUUCGGCUUUGAGCUGUGCUUCAUGACCUAAAGGUGAGAUGUCUGAGAUGUUGGUGCUACUGAACAACAGAGAGUUGUCUCUGUGAAAAACAAAGCUGCAAAAGGAGUUUUUGGUUUUUGUUGGCACACUUUGGAGAAGCCAUGUUGGUUUGUUUAAAAGCUGCAAUAUGAGAUCUACCUUAGGCUGCCGCUGGCACAAUCUAGACGUAUGAUCCACCUACUGCAUGAAUCAUCAACAGAUGAAAUAAUGUGAGCUGAGUUGAUAACAAGAUAAAGGACAUGUGUUAAAACCUUGUUUGUUCAAGAGCAUUGGAUUUUUACCAAGAAAUAAUGUGCUUUUUGCUGCGAGCUCAAACUUGAGAAAUGUCUUUGAAAGUUAUUUCUGGGUGUUGAAAAGUUGUUGUUGCAGUAAGAGUAAAUAUACUGAAACAUUUACUUCUCAGACAAUUUUUCAAAACAUUUUUAUGUUUGCAAAGAAACUAUUUUUUGGGUCUUUGCUUUUGUGAUUAAAAGUCUAAGACAAUUAAACUAAGUGCAAACAAAAAAAGUGUUUUAGACGGAAAAUUGAUCUAUUUUCUACAACCCCAAAGUUAUAUUAUUCCAUUGUUUAAUCUGCACUUUUACUCCUAGAUGAUUUAUUUUUAACCUAGACUUUUAAAAAGUGAAAUAAAAAGCGAUUUCAUGAUUUCAUACAUGUUGUAUAACAUAUACCUGAAGGAGUCAGUGCUGUAUCCUUUUUUGUGAAGAGCCACGUGCAGCACUUGGGUUGCGGUCAUAUUGAUUUGUGUGCUUAAUCUAAGUAGCCAGCAGGAGUUGAUGUAGCUCUUAGCCUGAGCUUUAAAAGAAAAGAAGCUGUUCAGGCAUUUUUAUGCCGCUGUAAUUUAAUUUGAGUCUUGGCAGACGAUGCAUCAGGGAGGAACCACUAUGGUAUCCAGAAUGGUGCCUUAAAGCUUUUAGAGUGUAUAUCCAUUUUACAGGAAGCUGGAAACCCAUUCACAUUAUUCACAGACCUGGAUGCUGAUCUUGUCUUCUUAUUUUUCAAGUUUUAGUGUUUUGGUCAGUGAGUGUCAAAUUCUUGCCCCUGUUUUGAAACAGUAAAAUUGUGCUCCUUAAUGUCAAUCCUGCUAAAGCCCUGCUGAAAAAUGUCCCCAUGCACUUAAAUGAAAACUAGAUUUGAAAACGACCAUUUCUCUUGACUGUUUUUACUUUCAAGUCUGAGUUUGAAUUAACAAACACCCCCCUUAAGAUACAACAGCACAGGAUCGAGUGCUUUUUGAGCUUUUUGUGAGAGGACCAUACUUGGGGGGGAGUAGUGAAUUUAAAAUAGACACGGGACAAAGCAGUUCCCUGCAGUGCAGCUUGGCAUUGCUGCUGUCUGUCUGCUUUCAGCCUUUACUGUACGUGAUCAAUAGCGUCUUUUUUUCUGAGUUGCUGAACUCUGGUGACUACUACCUGCUGUGAUGGAUGGCCGACUGCCCGGUUUAGUUUUUGCUUGAUGGUCCAUCUGUUUUGAAACAGGUGGCAACAAAAUCUGAUUGGUUGGUGUAGUAGCCUGUCACUAUCUGAUGAAGAAUACCUGUAUAUGUGUGAACCAGAUUAUCACAGGGGGAAGAUGUUGUGUUGGUGUAGAUGUUGCUACAGACUCGGUUUGAUUUACAGUUUAUUCAUAAGAAACACUUUUAGGACUCAUUUUCAACCCUUCAUCCUUCUAAAAUGUAGUUUAAUUGAGACUGAAGAUACUGUGUUCACACAUAGUCUGUUACAACAUGGUAGUAUAGCUCUACAUGAAUGUGCUUAGGACUGUAAGAGGACACACACUUGUAAAGGAGCUCAUGUGCUUGGCCAAAAAAAAAAAAAGGCUUUGGAGAUUGAGGAUUACCCAAGUGACUUUGGAGGCUCAGAGAGCUCUGUAGCAGUGGUGACACCAGUCAGCCAGAGGGAAAUCUGUGUUUAGGGGGAAAGUGCUUUAGAGAAGACUAUCCCAAUUAGAGGAACUGGGUAAGUCAAAAGUUGAAGAAAAAGAAAGGUCAGAGAACAAGAGGAGGAAAUAUCUCUAUUGAGAUGAGAUGGAGGAGGAGGCACAGGGAGAAAAUGACCGUCAUGGUCCGGUAAAGUGAUUCUCUUUCUGGUGGGUAUUUGGGUAGAAAGUUGAAGGUAGACAACUUGAUGCAUUACUGGAAACAGCGAUGAUCCCCAAGAUUCAUUAAUAAGAAAAUUUAACAUGAAGAAAGUCGAGUGAAAGUGAGGGAUAGUGGUGUGAAGAGGUCAGGAGAGGCUACGACAGUGAGAUGGAGGGAUGGGAAGUUGCUGAGAGGAAAAGUGGUGGUGGUGGUGGUGGGAAGUAGUUAACAGUGCUUUUCCUGGCAGUGAUUCUAUGUGAAAACCUCUUAACAGGCUCCAUUAUGCAAGACAGUCUUGUCCAUUGUCCCAAGGGGGAUAGUCCUGAUCCUGACAAACCUAAUCUUUGCUAGACUCACUUUGAGCAGCCACACAUCACUAAACGUGAAUCUUAAUGUACUGCUGCUGCGAGAGAUUUCCUCGUGUUGACAUACAUUUUUCUAGUUUACGUGCGAAGUCAUCCCACUGUGAUGUUCAUUAUGUUCACAGUGUUGCAUAUAGACAUGACACACGAUAUUUACUGUCACAUCCAGCUGAAAAGUACAAGGGGUGCUGGUUCAGCUCUGUGGAUUAUUUCCAAUUCUCAUGGACAGAGGCUAGAGUUCCCAAAGCAACAACACAUUCAUGUUGCAGACGACGUCAAAAGAAGGUUGUUUUCAUCCAAAAUGUCGAGUCCGUCACCUCCUUCGAUAUCUUCCUCUUGGUGGUUGUGGUUAAAACCAAUGAAAAAAAAAGCCCUAAAGAGAUAACCAGCCUUCUUGCUUAUGGUAUCAUUUGCUUUUGUAGGUUAUCUGGAGGCGUUAACAGUAAUUUUGGUCUGUUUUAUAAGCAGUAAAAAAAGAGCUUUAGCUUGUUCUAACUUUUUUUUUUCUUCAUGAUUUUUCCCCCUCUCUUUAGUUCCAGAUCCUCCUCUGAUUGACUUGUCCAACAGCAAAGUCUACAACGAAGCCACAAUCUGCUGGAGGCUGUCUGAUGACCACCUACCCACAGAUCAUCACUUGCUGGAGUACCGCAGGUGAGUGAGAGGACAGAGAAGUGUUGAUUCCCAGACAAGCUGUGUGGGCAGGAGCAAAAAUAUCCUGAUUUCUUGGGUUUAAUCUUCUUCUCCAGACUUUGGGCUCCAAAUCAGUCCCCGUCACUGGAGGAUGGUGAGGACAGCGGCUCCUGGAAGUCCACAGAUAGGGUGUACGGUUCCAGCACUGUGGUGUGUGACCUGGAGCCCGACAGCCUGUACGCCUUCAGAGUACGAAGCUGCAGGAACUCCAUGUUCAGCCCCUACAGCCCCGAAGUCUCCUUCCACACUCCACCUGCACCUGGUAAGCCUAUGGAGAACGCUUUGUCUUAACACAAACCCACAAGUCCCUGUUUUUCUCCCCGUGUGAUUUGGUUAGUCCUCUAAUGCUUUAGUGGGUUGUGAAUCACAGAGACCUAGAGAAAGACAACUUGAUUUAGCAUGGGAAUGUGUGGAUGUUUGAGAUCCUUAAAAGAAUUGUCUAUUGCAUUAACUUGGACUGAAUUUAAUUCUUCGUUAGCCUUAAUUAAAUGAAAGCUGUGCUAUUUUUGUCACACCUUUUUAAUGAAUUGUUUUUAUGUACAGGAUUAAGCCGUGUUUGGAGAAUCAGCCCCUGUAGUUGGGCCUCUUUUUGGCUGAGGCAACAGCUAAGCCCUUCUAUCCCUUUUACUUCUCAGAGCACGUCUGGGUGUCCUGCAGUAGGCUUGUAUUUUUAUUUCUGAGAAAGUUAACCAUAAAACAGAUGCUUUUGUUUUAAAAUUUUGAGUUCUCCCAUACACGCUUAAUGAAGGUACUGAAGCACAAUGGUGUUUUUGUCCAUCGCCAUGGUAAUGGCUUAUGUGUGUCAGAAUGCUGAAAGCAAUAUAGCCUUUGUCUAAGUGUGUGGGAGUCGUGCUGAACAGUGGCACAGCCUGGAAAAGAAACCUGCAGGUGCAUCACAGCUUGCACCACAAAGCCAAGGUGGGAUUCAUUAAAAACCAUCAUCAUUUUCAACCAUCUGCUGAACUUGAAUCCAAAUAGUGCGCUCUCAGGGAGGGACUGUGUCUCUUUGAUUUCUGUUCUAGUUGGCAACCCCAAAAGUCUCCCAUUGACUGGUUGAAAAGAUUACACAGGCUGUAGUUUUUUUUAAGUCUGGGAUAGUUUUCUGUCGCUUGAAUUUUACACAUUUCUUUCUUUCUUUCCCAGAGUCAGGCAGUUGCCCGCGUGCGUACAUCAUACAUCACCCGCUAAUCUGAUAUUUUUGUCAUGCACAGGCCUCAUCAUUUCUGUUGUCAUUGGUGCUUCCACAUUCCUGUGCUCUCUGAUUCGUGUAAGACCGAGUAGAUGGAUUCACUGUGCGUCAGUAAUGGGUUGAAAUUUUAGGCCGCAAAACUUACACACCCACAUCGUAACACACAACAAAUCAAAAGGACAUUACAACAUGAGAGAGUAUGGAUUUUUGCCUGUUGGGUCAAAAAUGCAUAAAUUCUUGUUUUCUGAUGCUACCCGGUCAGUAGCGACAUGCUGUUGAAAAACUUAAUCUCUUGGUCUGCUAAAUUGGACGUGAAAUUAAAAUGAAGAUGCUUUGGGACCAAUUUCGUGCUGCUGCAAUUAGGUCUGACCUAGUUUCUCUUUCAUAAUUUAUUAAAUGACACAGAAACAUUUCACCAUUGUAUGUACUGUAGCAAUAAGCGUGUUUUUGUUAGGUUUUCUGUUUUAAAAGUUAACUGAGUACAAACACGAGUUUAGCUUGAUUGGUGAGCAGAUGCGGUUGUGUUUACUCACAUGAACGCAGCUUAUGUGAGUAAAAGCUGUUGAGUCAUGACAGCAGGGAGUUGAACCUUUCUGAAUGCAUAAAACUGAGCCGGUUAGCGUUACCUUUUUGACAUGGCUCUUGCUGUGGUAUUGAAACCGUUCAGGUAAACUGGAUCAGCAUUACCUCACGUGAGAUCAAACCGCAGCAUUGUUGUCUGGUCAUCCUUUAGGGCAACUUUACACUGAUAUCAUUAUCAUGGCCUAGUUGUUGCACAGGCUUUCCCCUGACACAUGCAAAUGAGCAGGUCUUCCCCCAGCGAGUGUCUCAGAUUUCAGGGGAUGGUUGAGCGAACAGGCAUAAUCAUGUCAGCCUAUAUGUCUCCUGGAUUAUGGUAAUCGUGGCCUUUGGCCCAUAAACUAUUCAUAGAAUGAGCUUAAUUGCAUCCAGAUGACGGAGAAAGAUGGCAGCUGCACAUGAGAAAUGAGUUCUGUUAAAGGGUUUUUUUUCAGCUCGGUGUCAUGAUCACAGCAUGACAGGGCUUGGAGUUGCUCUGUGAGAUUGUGCUUUAGCGCCCUCAUGUGUCAGUUCAUGGCAAGUACCCAGCCUUAAACCUUGUAUAUGAGAACUAAACCACUGAUAUUUUGUAUGGCCCAAAUAAAUCUUAUUCUUUUGUCUGUCCUUAUCUUUGAUUUUGUCCAUCCACUGUCACAUUUUCUCUUUUUCUCUUCAGCUUUCGGUUUCCUGUUCAGCGACAAAUGCGGCUUCAGUACGGAGCGCCUCAUCCUAAACAAGAGACGGGACACUGUGGAGAAUGUAGCAGGCAUGGCUUUCCUUCUGGCUGCAGACCGUGUGCAGACGGGCAGCUACAUCGGCCUAGAUUACAUUAUAGGAGACACAGGCAUCACUCAGGGAAGGUAAGCAAAUUGGAAACACUGGGACCUUGUACAAAAAAGGUGUGUCUGAGAGGAAGGCGAAGAGGGAGAUGUACUUUAAAAACUAUGAGGGAUGAGCUUCACACUCAGUAGCCAUUAAGGGUGGAAUUUUGUCGAAUUUUUGACAUAUAGCCAGAGGUGGUGCCAUCUUUCUCAUUAGAGUACUAAUAUCUCUUCCAGACAGGGUAUAAAAUAUGUAAGAGAUGGAGUGAAGAUGGAAUUCUAGUUUUAAGCUAAGAAAUAAGGCGGCUAUCAGCGUCUAUCAGUCUCAGUUCAGAUACUGCAACGCCAUUGGUUGCUGAUUUGCUAUGUUGUUCUCACAGUUGUCAAGAGUAUAAAUAAGACUUCAUGACAAUUUGUCAUUUGAUUGUUUUGCAGACACUAUUGGGCCUUCAAGGUGGAACCAUACUCCUACAUGGUCAAAGUGGGAGUGGCGUCUGACUCGAAGCUGAUUGAAUGGUUCCACAACCCCAGAGACACCAGCAGCCCCAGGUGAUUGCAACCACAUGUCAGCAUAACACAAACACACAGCCGUUAUCUACCGUCCAGCCAGAUUCAGCUGACACUGAAACUUUUACAUUACCUGCCACCCACACACCCGAGCCACAGCUGUUACUCAGCAUCAAGUGGGUUUGAUUGGGUUUAAUCCUGUGAUGUAAGAGCUUGUCUGAAUUCAUGAAGAGCUUAGUCGUAAACAAAGCCUGCCUUUGUCACAAGAUCAGCUCAUGUAGACACAUGCGAAGGAACAUACUAUUUACACUACUAAAUCUCAGUUCUGUGAUAAUGUAUGCAAGCUGAUUAACUCUGACGGCAUUUAGCUUCUUAUUAAAAGCUGUGUCAAAAGUAGUCCUUAUUUGGGAGGAUAAACCACAAACCACACGUGGGUAAUAGUGGGGUUUUUUUCUGUAUAUUUUGUCAAAAUGUACCUAUACUAACAUCCUCUCUACCUCUUUUUCUUUCUCCCAGGUAUGACCAUGACAGCGGGCAUGACAGCGGCAGCGAGGAUGCGUGCUAUGAGCUCUCCCAACCCUUCACCCUCCUCACCCUGGGCAUGGGAAAACUCUUCAUCCCCAAGGCUUCCUCAUCCUCCUCUGUUUCCUCAGCAAACGCAGCAUCAAGCGACCCCGGCAACCGCGUGCUCCCCAUGCCUCAGCGCCUGGGCGUAUGCCUAGAUUACGAUGCGUGCCGCGUGUAUUUCUACGACGCCGACACCAUGAGAUGCCUUUACGAGAGGCAGGUAGAUUGCUCGGGAACAAUGUAUCCAGCUUUCGGCCUCAUGGGCAGCGGCAAAGUGCAGCUGGAGGAGUUCAUCACGGCUAAGAGGCUGACCUUCUGAGGAGGGAAGGAGUGCGAUGAUGCAGUUGGAUGCGCGUCCAUUUAAUCGUUGGCAUGUUCUGUGAAGAGCUAGUCAUAUUUACAUUAACACAGGGUAAUGGAGUACAGCUCUUUAGUUCUGAGGUCAGAUGAGGCGGGUGUGAUCAGGGUCUUGGUCCUAAAUAUAAAAAUGGGAUGUGGAGUUGCAUGUUAAAGGUACAAUCCACUCACUAGAGCAUGACACUGACUAUUAGUGUCUACAUACAAAGCAGAUGGACCAUGGUAUGUGAAAAGUCUUCUCUACCUACCAAAGUCUCUCUAUCUGUUAAUUGUAUCGACCUGCUUUUAAUUACCAGCUAUUAUCAGCUGUACAUGUAGUGGAAAUGGCUGCAAAGUUUGCCCGCAGCUACUUACAAUCUUAAUUUUUUAAACAUGAAACGCCUUGCAGCUCUCACUGACACUUCCUCUUUUGCCAGGUAAAUGUUCCGACAUAGUUCGGUGUGUAAAAGUUAGUUGAUCUAUCUAUUUCUUCGACUCUUUUUCUGUGACGUAGCAGCAUAGUUGGACAUGUCACCUUGGUGGACCUGAGAGCCUUGUAGCUAUUUUAAAGCUAGCGCCUCUGUGCCUUUUUUUUUCUUAAAGAAAAUGGCUCACUUAGUUUGCUCUAGCAGGCAGAUGUUAGUGUCAUUGCACAAGCAUUACGGAAAUAACUAUCAGCAUAAAUACUGUAUGUGAGUUUUUAUUGUAGUUGAGGUAUAAUCACAGACACUGGUGUUAGAGUGGUAACUGUUCUAUAGUCUUCAUAAUGACUUGUUACUCAUGUAAUCUUGACUUUAUCACAGACAAGCACUACGUUUUCUCCUCAGUUCAUUCCAGCUGUUUUUGCACAUUAUGAUAAAAGACGUCUCGCACACGAUAGGAUUUGCAAUCACAUUUUGAUCACAACCCAGUAAGCUUCACUUUUCAAUCUUAGAGACAAAAUCAGCACAUUCCUCGUCCUUUCCUUCACACUUUCACCUUUUGCUCACUUACUCAUGAAUCCAGCGAUGUUACUCAUUUCUAAAGCCUCUCACUGUUUGCACAGCACUGAAUGUGACUUUCCACAUCGUUUAACCAGCCAGGUACGACAACACCGUGUACUUGCGGUCAACAUAAGUUUGACAGCUGCAGAGUCACUUACAGCCAAAGUGUGUUGGUUCUGGUGCUUACUCAAGUGCAAAACCCAUCUCUCUGGCCGAGCUGCCUGUAAACACAGUUGAACAACAAACCACACACAGCUAUUCAGGUUCCUUUCAAAAGUGCUAUCACAAAACACUGUUCAGUACCUUUUUUACUAGUUAAACCACAGUUAACUUGCAGUGCAGACACAUGAAGUGUAGCAUAAUCGCAUGUCGGAGGUGAACAGGCUAUCAGACAGACACCUUGAUGACUGACUGGAUUGGAUUAAAGCAGAGCAUUUCUCUAAGGCUAGGAGAGAGCACACUAUAGGCAACCACAUUUGUGUCCGAAGUGUACAUGUGCCUGCACUUGGGCUUGUUUGUACAUUCAUGUAUUGUUUGAUUUCUGGAGGGUAAGGGUCAUAGGUGUGUGUUUUCUCAGGUGUCUGGUCCUAUCAUAAGGGCCGAUGCUACCUACCUCUAUCUGUCAGGCCUGGAAAACCUUAACUACUGUACCUGUCCUUGCAGAAACGACUUUUAUUUGAGUUGCAGGUUUUUUUUUUAAUCCGUAACAAACAAGUUCAACAUCUCCGCCUUCUUUAUAAUGUCUGUUAAUAAGCUGAUCUUUCCAAAUUUUUGAUUUUAGUCCAUUGUACAGUGCAUAUUAAUCCAGAGUAUGAUAUUUUCAGUGAAAUCAUCUUAAAUGUUUAUGUUGAGUUGGUGUUUGCUUGUGGAUUUAAAGAUGUGUAUCACUCUUGGUGAAUAACUUACUGUAAACAUGUAACCCUGUUCAGCUGCCUUUUGUCAGGGCUUUUUCAAAACAGUUCUAACAACCUUUUCUUCCUCUUUUUUUUGUGGUGUUGGUUUUUGCUGAACACUUUCAAUGUUUCACUAAUGGAGUUAAAGACACCUGUGGGGUUUUAGGGGUGUUAAAAUCAUUUUAUAAAUUCAUGCUUUUACAUCUAGCUGAGCUGUAUUGUUAUUUUUUUAAUGUUGGAUUCUAUGACGGUUUGCAUGUUUGUCUCACAUGUGUAGGUUGUUUCCACUUCUAUCUUCAAAGGUCACGCCAUUGUAUCUGGAAUUGACUGUUUUAACAUCUUUGAGGCACCUCUAUGCAUUUAGAAUGUAUUCCUGUUUCUACAGAAAAAACAGCUGAAUGUUUCCUUUUGUUCGGUUUUUGAGGUGGUUUUUCCUUGGAUCUUUUGUUUUCUUUCGUUGUUUGGGGUCACAGCACAGUUGUAUAUAAUCGUAAAACCUGAAAGAAGGCAUGUAAUGUCAUAAUCACAUCAGAACUCAAAUUAAAGUCCAUCCUAGCCUGCUUUUCAGCCAUGAAUUUAGAACCAAAUACUCUUGCAGGCUGGCUCUUAAUCUAAUUCCAAGCUAGCACUUUAAAAUCUGUAGCAUGUCAGCAACUGUUUGGCUCUGCAGGUGUGUAUAAUAAAUGUGUGAAUGCAAUAUAAUUGAACAGGCUGUAGAGAAAAAGUUUAGACAAGCCUGGAAAGACGACUUGCACUGCUAUUUGUUUAUACUUUACUUUGUGGAUUUAAAUGGGCUUUUCCUGAUACUGAGUGAAAUCUGAACACUAAUUAAUUUGUAUUUUUUCUUUCAUUGUAACACUCAUUGUUUCUGAACUCUUUAUAAGUGAUGGUGCAUUUGUUCCUGUGUGUUUUCUCCUGAGGAUUUGGAUGUGGUGUGUAUGUGGUGGGUGUCUGUAUGUGCAGUAAAGAUGUGGAAUUAUUGUUUCUUGCUCUGAUUCCUGGAAAUGCUACACUUUUUUUGCUGUGUGGGGAUUUCAAUAAAUAAACUAGUAUGUUUUUAAAUACA